GGUACGUUUACCGAGAAUACGUAGUUAAACGUGAGAUUGCCCUCGAUCAUUUCAGCUUGAAGCGGUGGCAAUUGUUGAACUGUUGGGGAAAACCAUGGAUGUAGUCGCUGCAGUGGUGAAGUACAAUCAACAGACCUUAGGAAGGGAUAAACUAUGUCGGAUUAUUCAGUAUGCCUCUAGGUUGUCCAGUUAUCUUCUUCAACAAGGCGGUGCAAGUGUUGAUUGGGUGAACAGGGCAAAAACACUUGAUAAACAGACAAGCACCUCAAGGAAAUUAUUUAGGUUGGGAAAGAGUUUAGACAUGAUCAUUGGGGCAAUAAGAGCCAAGGACAUCCAUCACGACAACAUUCUAAAGGUCCUCAUCAUCUGUCGCCGUGCUACUCUGGCUUUGUAUUACAUUAUUGAUCAUGUUACCUGGGCUGUAAGAUUGGGACUCUAUAAAGCUACCCCAAAAGAAUGGUCAAAGUUUCAGGCAAAAUUCUGGGCUAUUGCUCUUGUGUUUGGCCUUCUCAGAAACCUGUAUGAGAUCUUGACCCUAAUUUUUGUCCCAGCAAAGAAACAUGAUGGUGGAGAAGAAAGCUAUUCACAAGGAAGUUCUGUUACAUCCAGGCUUAUGACCCGUCCUCAACUUUUGCUUGACACAGUAAAAAAUUCAGCUGAUUUCCUGUUGCCUUUCAAUGUUAUGGGUGUAAUCGAGUUGAAUGUUGGUUUGGCUGGGUUACUAGGAUUAAUUUCAUCAAUUGCAGGUGCAAUACCUGUUUGGAAUCCUAACAUGAAAUUGAAACCUUCUUAGAGAUUCAGUUGGAUGACUUGAUGAAGUGCAAUUCUGAUCAAGGCUGAAAAUUUGCUACAACUCUUAAUUUUAUGAAAAAUACUGUUUUUGUGUGCCAGUACACUGUUAUCAGUAAGUGGUGCACUAAUUAACAUUGUAAUGGGAAACUUUUCUUUAUGAAGCAUUUGCUAAAUUAUACUUCAUACCAGUGUAAAUUUAUAUAUAAUUUAUUUUAUGUUAUUAAUACAAGUGAAUACAGACCUUUUUGAAGUGAACCAUGUCUAGAUGCAUAUGUAGUAAUCCAACAUGACUCUGUCUUGUUGCUGGAAGUACUUUCCCAAAAGGGUGGGCAGUGACAGAGAAAUUAGUAUGAUUUAUUUUUUUACCAUUAAGAAUUGGUUCCUAGGAUGUCUGAGGAAUUAAGAAAUACAAUUGAUAAUUACAGGUAGCUCAUUGUACUUUCAAUUUCAAAUGAUUAGCCACUGUAGAACAAAAGAGUCAAACCUGAAUAAGAACAAAAGAAAUCAUGCCAGCCAAAGGGGAAAAAAACCCUGCUGUUUACACUUCUAAUAUAUUUUCCACAUUAUUAUGCUUUGAACUUGAUAGCUUGAGAUGGGUUCACAGAAUUCAGCAUGAAUGUACAUAACUAAAAAAUACAUAAAAACCUGAUGAAAACAAUCGUUCUUUUCUAUCUUUUUCCACUUAUAUGUUUAUGCUUGUUAUAUUCUUGUUCUUCACAAUUAAGCUUAGGGAAAUUGCUAUCUCAGAGCCCCAAAUAUCUGCAUGAAAAAGUUUGAUGUUCAAAAAAAGCAAGUCAUCAUCAAACCAGUACUUUGCUUUGGAGCACUUUGGGUAGCAUGCCUACCAGUUGAAUGCCUUUUCCCAGAAACGAUUGCUGGCACAGCCAUAAUCACAAUUUCAAUAUAUAAAGAUGACUGAUCUUUGAACUACUCUUUAUGAUUAACUUCACAAUCUGCUUGAAACUCAAAUAUGUUUUUUUCUAAUUGGCAAAAGUUUCAAACACACUGCUCUCUGUUUUAACUCUAAAAUUUUACAAAUAAGGACAUCAGAUCUAUGAUAUUGAUGUUUCUAUUCCUGCUUUUACAAUAUCAAUGUAUGUACCACACCAAACAAACACAAUUUGUGUAAAGAACUUGUGCACAAAAACUGUCAGAAGGAUAUAUUAAUGUAAAUCCUCUUUUUCCUUGAGUCUCGUACUCAACUUAGCAGUGACUAUCGUAAUAAAAGGGAAUUCUUUCUUA